UAAAUUACGCUUGGCAGUGAGCUCAGCGCAGCACGAGUCACGAUUAGUGGUCCGUUUACUGUUGUUAGCGGUUGUUGUUCGAUCGAGUGAUAGUAAACGAUGAGUUCGUUCCGUUAUCAGGUGCAAAUGAAUGUUAAUAAGUUAUCAAUUAUUUUGAAAAAUACAAUUGUUUCAUAGUGUGUGUAUGUUUAUUAUUCAGUAAAUUUCGAGUCAUACCGUUUUUAUGUAAACUACUAAUGUUCACCUGGAAUGGUCAUAAUAAAAUAAUAUAAACCUUAUCGAAUAUGCUGUGAUAGAAUCAACGUGGGAGAUGUCGAUAAAACGACCGGUUUGAACCAGUUUAUUGAUGUGAAUGAAAUUACCAACAAAACGAACUAGUUAAAAGAAGUUAUUAUCAUUCAGGAUGGUUCCUUUAAUUGUUCCGCCAGAACUUGUAGAAGGAGAAAAAGUCAUAAAAUGGGAUGAAGAAAGCGGAAUUGGAACACCAGUAACUCUUAAAGUUGAUAGUCAUGGAUUUUUUUUGUACUGGCAAGAUCAGAAAAAAGACUGUGAAGUGAUCGACAUGUCUACUAUACGAGACACUAGGACAGGAAAAUACUCCAAAGUUCCUAAAGAUGCUAAAUUGAGAAGUGUAGUGUGUAUGGGUUCCCAAGAGCCAUUAGGUGACAAAACAAUUACUGUAGUUAUUGCCAAUGACUUUGUGAAUGUAUCUUUCAUUAAUUUUUGCUGCAAUAAAAAACAAACAGCCCAAAUUUGGACUGAUAAUAUUUUAAAAUUGGCUUUAAACUUAGUACAACUGAAUUGGUCACCUAUGUUGUUUAUGUAUAAAUCAUUUACAAAAUUAAAUUUACUGGUUGAUAAAAAUGGCAAAAUACCAAUUAAAAAUAUUACUAGAACAUUUGUACAAAAUAAGGAUGACAAAAAAAAAGUAGAAAAAGCCCUUGAGUUAUCAGGGUUACCAUUUCAUAAAAAUGAUGUCAUAAGUCCAUCAAAAUUUACGUUUGAAGAAUUUUUUAAUGUUUACAAGAAUCUCACUGUACGUACUGAGGUUGCAAAAGUAUUUGAUGAUUUGUGCUGUAGUGAUAAAGAUUCUUCUACUAAAAAAAAACUAUUGGGUGUUGAUCAAUUUGUCAACUUUCUAAAUUAUACCCAGAGAGAUCCUCGUUUAAAUGAAAUACUUCAUCCCUAUGCUAAUUCAGAUAGAGCAAAAGAUUUGAUUAAGGAGUUUGAACCAAAUAAACAAAAUGCUCAACGAGGAUUACUAAGUUUUGAUGGCUUUCUUAAUUAUUUAAUGGGUUCUGAAAAUUCUAUUGUUUCUUCUUCUACACUAGAUUUGAACAAUGAUAUGGAUCAACCAUUGUCACAUUAUUUUAUCAAUUCUUCACACAAUACAUAUCUAACAGGACAUCAACUUACUGGGAAGUCUUCUGUUGAAAUAUACAGACAAUGUUUGCUCUCUGGGUGCCGAUGUGUAGAAUUAGAUUUAUGGAAUGGCAAAACAGAUGAACCGGUCAUAGUUCAUGGUUACACAUUUGUACCUGAAAUAUCAGCUCGAGAAGUAAUAGAAGCUAUAGCAGAGUCAGCAUUUAAAACAUCAGAUUAUCCAAUUAUUUUAUCUUUUGAAAAUCAUUGCAAUACUAAGCAACAGGCUAAAAUUGCUCAAUAUUGCCACGAAUAUUUUGGGGACAUGUUACUACAAGAACCACUGACUUCUCAUAAACUUGAAUCAGGAGUUCCAUUACCUCCACCUUCUAUGCUAAAAAAUAAAAUUAUUAUUAAAAAUAAAAAAAAACACCAUCAUCACCAUAAAAAACCUCCAGCAAGUGUUGUGUUAGAAUCUGCUUCUGCUGCUACCAUGGUAUUAGGAAAUGGAGAACUUCCACGGGGACCAAAUAGACAAUUAAGUAAAGAUAGUGCCAUUCUGGAAGAAGAAGAUGAUGAAGACGAAGAAAGUAGUAGUGAUACAGAUGGUGAAGAAGAUGAUACAGAUAGAACUGUUGAUAUGAAGCUUGUUUUACAAGGUAAACCUCUUGUAGAUAAAGUAUCUAAUACCAAAGAAACAGAAGCUGGCACUGAAAUAUCAGUUUUAGUCAACUAUUGUCAAUCAGUGCAAUUUACCUCAUUUGAAAAUGCAGAAAAAAAAAAUCGUAGUUAUGAAAUGUCAUCAUUUGAUGAAAAACAAGCAAUGACAUUAUUGAAAGAACGACCUAUGGAAUUUGUCAAAUACAAUAAACAACAAUUAAGUAGAGUUUAUCCUGCUGGUACUCGUUUUGAUUCCUCAAAUUUCAUGCCACAAGUAUUUUGGAAUGUUGGAUGUCAAUUAGUAGCGUUGAAUUAUCAAACAUUGGAUAUAGCUAUGCAAUUAAAUCUUGGAAUAUUUGAGUAUAAUAUGCGUAGUGGCUAUUUGUUAAAACCUGAAUUUAUGAGACGUACUGAUAGAACUUUUGAUCCAUUUGCUGAAUCAACUGUUGAUGGUAUAAUAGCUGGAACUCUUACUGUAGAAGUAAUUUCUGGACAAUUACUCACAGAUAAAAGAGUUGGUACGUAUGUAGAUGUUGAAAUGUAUGGUUUACCAGCUGAUACUGUCAGAAAAAAAUUUCGGACCCGUAUUGUACCUUAUAAUGGUAUUAAUCCAGUUUAUGGAGAUGAACCUUUUGUUUUUAAAAAGGUAGUACUUCCUGAAUUAGCUUCACUCAGGCUUGCUGCAUUUGAAGAAUCAGGGAAGUUUAUAGGUCAUCGUGUAAUUCCUGUGGUUGGGCUUUGUCCUGGUUAUAGACAUGUCAUCUUAAGGAAUGAAAUGGGACAGCCUCUAUCAAGUGGAUCAUUGUUUUUAAAAAUUGUUGUGAAAGAUUAUGUGCCGGAUGGAUUAUCUGAUUUUGCUGAAGCUCUUGCUAAUCCUAUCAAAUUCCAGUCAGAUUUAGAUAAACGUACAAAACAAUUAGCUGUAUUUGCUGACGACAUGGAUCAGUCUAUAGAUAAUGCUGAAAUGAAUUGUAGUAUACCUGAAAAUGAGGUAAAACCUGUAAUUGCAACUCGUCAUCAAUCUAGUUGUCCUGAGUUACCUGUCUCUCAAACUGCAGUUGCAUUACCAAUGCAACGGAAGUCGGUUAUAACAAGUCCAGUUACAUCUAUUGAUACCUCACUAAAUGAUGAUUUUAGUAUUGGACCUAAAGGAGCACAAAGGAAUCCAGUUGUUCUGUGUCCCUCAUUGAGUGAAAAUAUUGUGGUUGAGUCCUUGACUGAAUUAAUGGAAAAUAAAAUAGUCAAGGAAAAAAAAUCGGAAUUAGAAAAGAAAAUGGAAAAUCUUCUACGUAAACAAAGUAAAGAAAAACAUAGAAUGCUAAAUUUAAAAUCUGGGAAUGAUUCAGAUAGAUUACGAAUGUCUAAGUUUUCAAUGAGCUCUCGAUUUGUUAAAAGACUGUCCAUUAAAAACAUACAAGAAAGUAUAUUGCAAAGUCAUCAUGAUGCAUCUGAAUCAUCAGAAUGUGACACUGAUAAUUCUAGUACAUCUAUUCAUAGAAUAUCCAGAAGUCAGUCUGAACGUUUAUUAGCUAUUGAAAAAGAACAUAUUAUGCAAGAAAAAAUGCUACAAGAAAAGUACCAUGAUAUUAUAUUUUCAACUUUAGAAAAAGUAAUGCGAACAUCACAAUCUAAUCAAAUAAAAAUGUUACGGGUACUGUUAGACAAAGAAACAGCUGGUGUGAUGAAAAAGUUACAAGAUCGAAGAAAACAUGAAAUAAAAUCAUUAGCUAAAAUUCAUAAAGAUAAAGAUGAAAUUGGAAGAAUGAAAAGAGAAGUAUCCAGUUCAAUGGUAGAGAAAGGUGUAAAUGAACGACUAAGAUUGGCACAAUUAUAUGAAAAAAAAACUGAAGAGUUAGAAAAACAGCACGAAGAAAUUAGGAAAAAUUAUGAUGAUCUCAAGACUAAUAAAAAAUCUGAACUACUCAAAGAUUAUGAAAAUAAACUUCAUAGCUUAGAAUACAACCAAAAUUUAAAAGUUGAGUUAAAACAAUAAAUUUAUCCUGUUGAUCAAAGUGCUAUUAUUAUUAUUAUUUAAAUUAUUAAAUAGUAUAAUUAUAUAAAUCUUGAAAAGAUGUAAUUUAGGGCAAUAAUUAGUAUCUACAUUCUACAUAUAAUACAUUUGAAAAGUAUAUUUUAAUAACUUACAAAGUUUCGAUCUUAUAAGACUGAUCGAUUUAUAUUUUUAGUUUUUAAUUUAUUUAUUAGUCUUUCAAAAAUUUUUUGUAUUUUUAUUUAUAUUACAUACAUUAAAUUUGCAUUAACCAAUAGUGCCUAGACAUUUAUUUUUCAUAUCUUUAUUUGAAAGAUUAAAAUUUUAUAUUAUUUUAAAGGACUAGCCAUAUUUUAUUGUGAUAAAUUAUCUUUUAUACAGUAUAUUUAACUUUUUGUGAUAAUUUUUCAAAUCUCUGUUUUUCAUAUAGUUAACUUGAAUGUGUAUUACUUUGUUAUUGACAAUCAACUUUUAUUGUUCUAUAUUGGGCUUGUUACCAUUUAAAUAGCUUAUAUUUUUUUGUAAUAUUUUUUAGAAAUUUCAGCAAAAUGUAAUAUUUCAUUGAUGUUAUUUAAUCAACAAUUAAUACUAAGUGGUUUUAA